AUGCAGGAGUGCCUUCUACUGAUACCUGCAGCAGCAGCAGCAGCAGCAGCAGCCGUAACCCCAGCCGCCGCAGCCGCCGCAGCCGCAGUAGCAGCAGCCGCAGCAGCAGCAACAGCAGCAACAGCAGCAGCAGAAGGAUCAGCAGAAGGAUCAGGAGGAGAGGAAAGGGUGGUUUGGUGGUGGGGGCCUGAGCUGCAACGCGUACUGUACACAAUGCCGCAGCAGCAGCAGCAACAGCAACAGCAACUGCAACAGAAGGAGCAGAAACGCCAGAAGCAGCAGCAACAGCAGCACCAGCAACAGCAGCACCAGCAACAGCAGCAGCAGCAGCAGCAGCAGCAGCAGCAGCAGCAGCAGCAAGCCGCACCUCUGGAGCUGCAUAGGCCAGUGUGCCUGUGGCUUCUGUAG